ACUGCCAGCCUUAAAUAUGGGUGGUCUGGUUUGGUUAACUUAUUAUUAAUACACUACCAGUACCAUUGGACUUUCAGAAUUCUCUUCUUCAUUACCAUUUUUUUUUUUGUAAAAGGAAAAGGAGAUUUUGGUGCUUAAAAUGGCUGAAUCGAACAAAAGCGCGGUUCUUGUUACUGGAGCGGGUGGAAGAACUGGACAAAUUGUUUAUAAGAAACUGAAGGAGAGAUCAGAGCAGUAUACUACUAGAGGUUUGGUAAGAACUCAGGAGAGCAAGGAAAAAAUUGGUGGAGCAGAUGAUGUUUGCAUUGGGGAUAUAAGAAAUGCAGAAAGCAUCAUUCCAGCAAUCCAAGGUAUCGAUGCUCUUGUCAUUCUCACGAGUGCCGUGCCAAAGAUAAAACCCGGGUUUGACCCAGCUAAAGGUGGAAGGCCGGAAUUCUGUUUUGACGAUGGAGCUUAUCCUGAACAGGUUGAUUGGAUUGGGCAAAAGAACCAAAUAGACGCCGCAAAAGCUGCUGGAGUGAAGCAUAUUGUGUUGGUUGGAUCAAUGGGAGGAACUAUUGAAAACCAUCCUUUAAACAGCUUGGGAAAUGGAAACAUAUUGAUUUGGAAGAGAAAGGCAGAACAAUAUUUGGCUGACUCUGGAACCCCGUACACCAUUAUCAGGGCUGGGGGCUUGCAGGAUAAAGAAGGCGGUGUAAGGGAGCUACUUGUUGGAAAGGAUGAUGAACUUCUUCAGACAGAAACGAAGAGUAUUGCUAGAGCCGAUGUAGCAGAAGUCUGCAUUCAGGCACUAAACUUUGAAGAAUCGAAAUUCAAAGCAUUUGACUUGGCCUCAAAACCCGAGGGAACUGGCUCGCCAACUAAAGAUUUCAAGGCUCUGUUUUCCCAGAUCAGUACUCGAUUCUGAUUAAUAAGCUAUCUGUUUGCGGUUGUCUGCACGUUGAAGUAACUUAAUAAAUUAUGUUUGAACAAAACGAGCUCUUUCCUUGUUUACAUGACAAGAUUGGGUUUGUUCGUAUAUCUAUGAUGCAUAUAUAACAGCUUUUAUGUGUAAUCAAAAGUUCGAUGUGCUCACUAGUAUUUCAGCUAUGGAUAACGUUGUUAAAUGGAAUUGAGAAUAUGGUUGGAUUUGAGCUUUUACUGAACACUGCCUGCGCUUCCAUACUAA